AUAUUGGUUGACAUGUGUUGCGGAGUUGAUGCUGUCUUGACGUGGCCGACCCACUCCAGCUGACGGCCACAACACUGACGGGGUCAACACGCUGACCAACACUUAACAAUGUUGUCCAAACUUUUAAGGUCUGUUGUUGGCCAGGGCCAGACUAGCCAGAGGGCACUGGCACCUUUUAUGACUGCAAUAAGAAGGGGUGGCACUGCAACUGAAGCCACCUUUGAAAAUCAACCAUAUAAGCUGCACAAACUUGAUGUACCUCCCAGUGCUUCAACCACUUGCACCAGAGAUGAAGCUCUUCUCUAUUACCGCCAGAUGCAGAUUAUUAGACGUCUUGAGGCGGCUUCCAGUAAUCUUUAUAAAGAGAAGGCAAUUCGGGGGUUCUGCCAUUUAUACAGUGGGCAAGAAGCCAUCUGUGUAGGUAUAAAAGCUGCUUUGAGACCAGAAGAUUCGGUUAUUACUGCAUAUCGUGAUCAUGGAUGGGCCUACGUAAUGGGUUGCUCAGUCACAAGUGUCAUGGCAGAGUUAACGGGGAGAGCACAAGGUGUAGCUCGGGGCAAAGGAGGAUCCAUGCACAUGUACACUAAGAACUUCUAUGGUGGCAAUGGCAUUGUUGGGGCUCAGGUCCCAGUUGGUGCAGGUGUUGCGUUGGCAAACAAAUAUCUUGGGAAUGGUGGCAUCAAUGUGUCGCUGUAUGGUGAUGGGGCUGCCAAUCAAGGUCAGCUUUUUGAAGCUUACAACAUUGCCAAGCUGAUGAAUCUUCCAUCUGUUUUCAUCUGUGAAAACAAUGGCUAUGGUAUGGGUACCAGUGUGGACCGGGCGUCGGCCUCUACAAAUUACUACACACGAGGAGAUUAUGUUCCAGGAAUUUGGAUUGAUGGUAUGGAUAUUCUGAGUGUUCGGGAAGCCAUCAGAUACUGUAUUGACUAUUGUACAUCAGGGAAGGGUCCGUUGGUUCUGGAGGUUGCAACUUACCGUUAUCAUGGACAUUCAAUGUCCGAUCCAGGAACGUCAUACCGCACUCGUGAUGAAAUUCAAGAGGUUCGCCAGACACGUGAUCCUAUCAUGCUCUUCAAAGACCGCAUUAUUGGAGCAGAUCUUGUUACUACUGAAGAGCUAAAGAAAAUUGACAUUGAAGUACGAAAGGAAGUUGAUGAAGCUGUAAAGAUUGCGAAGAUUGAUAAGGAGAUUCCAGUGCAGGAACUAGCUACUGAUGUUUAUCUGAAUCCUCUGGAAACUACUAUUCGUGGCACUACACCAUUUGACCCAUACACACACCAGCGCCUGAGUAAAGUUGUCAAUUUACAUUAAUGUGCUCCUGUAAUUUUUUCCUAAGUGUUAUAGGAUAGUAGUCAAUUUUAAUAAAUAUCCAAAUUAAGUAACUUGUAACAUUAUAUCAAAUAUAAAUUACCUUUACAUGUAUAUUCAAUACACAUUUCCCUGGCAUUUUAAGUUUAUUUUAUUCAAAUAUUUGCUAAAAAGUGUAUACUGUAUAUAUGGUAUAGUACAAUAAUUGAAUUGGUGGUUCAAUUAUUGUACCGAUUUUGGUCACCUCGUUAAACUAAAGAAGUUUAAUUUCAACUUUUCAAAAUAAGAGUUAAAUUAUGUUUUUAUAAAGGAAUUUAAAGCAGUAGCUGCAUUACUUUUAAUUGUGUACUUUUUUUAUCUACCAUAGGGAUGUUUUAAUUCCUUUGUAUUUGACCUUCAACCCAUGAAAGUUUGAAAAUAUAACACGAAUAUAAAUAUGCACAAAUGUUAAGUGUUGUACAUAUUAUUAAUAAACUAUAUUGCUGUUGA